UUUGAGACCCAGGUUGAAGACGGUCCGUUGAAGACAGAUACCAUUCCGAAAAAGACACUCACGCGGUGCCUUCUGUAACUAUAAAAGCAACACAUGUAAAUAAUCAAAAUCCUUAGUUUCACUGACUUAUCCGCUAGAGCGAUUAUGAAAACGUAAGACUGAAAAAACAUAUUUUCCACAACAGACUAUGAAGUGGUUGGCCCUUAUAUAUUCUGUUACGCCUGCUUACACAUUUUGAAAUACGAUUAUGAAUUCCUUACUUGUAUCCUUAGAAAAAUGACAUUUAGGGGGAAAAAACUGCUAAUUCCUAGUCUUAAAUGCCAUCCGUCCCUUCCCUCCACCCCCUAAGGGGCGGCAGCCCGUUUCGGGGUGAGGCGAAGAAACGCAGAACAUUUCAAACUGGACAUAGCGGGGCUAGAAAACCUGCAUAAUUUUAGAGCACCUCUGGUGUUAAAAGCAAAGCUUUCAGUAGUUCUGGCAACCUCGAGCAAGUUUUGCAUUUCUGAGCAACGUUUGGGAAAAAUAUAGGCUUAUGUCAAGCCAGAAAAAAGUGAGCAGUUUGAUAGAAAAUGUCAAGUACGACUGAACUGCGCCCGUAUAAGCGCCCCUAAUGAUUCUGGCAGGGGGAGGGAGGGAAUUUUGAAAUGGAGCGAAGGGGACCUAGGUCUAACCAUACCGUCUGCGCUUUAGCUGUGAGUCUGCCUUGGAGAUAAAUUUCGCUCAUAUUUUUGAGCAACUCUUUAAAGAAGAUUGCAAGCCGUAUAGUUGCGUCCGUCUGGAACGCUGGAGCCGUGAAACCAAUGAUCGCGCCCCUCGCACCUUGAAAAAAAAAGCUGCGUUUUUUGAGAAAAAAAGGAAACGAAAAUAAAAGAGAAGGAAAGGCCGUUCGCACUAACUAAAAGCUAUUGUUUUUUGCAUUGCUAUUGAAAAUCUGAAAAGGAACAGUCUUACACACGUAGCCCUCGGGGCGGUUCCAGGUAUAUAACCUUUACGUAAGCGUAGGAUGUAAGACACACUUGCGGAUACGCGUAAGCAUAACGUGAGAUACCCAGGCGCAAAAAAAUAACAGUGGCGCGGCUAAUGUUGGCUCCCCUCAAAAAUGAAGCGAAUUAACGUGGGCUUGAAAAGUGAGAUAUUCGGAUAUCUUCGGGAUAAUUGAUAGCGAGUUAUUUCCAGUCCACGGACUUUCUCCUAAAUUUUUCGAAAGUAUUUGUUCUCUUAGAAAACCCAGAAUUUCGAGAUUUCUUGAUAGUUUUAUACAUACGCUAAUUAUGAGAUUCCUUUUCUUCUUUCCUAACGAUAAGUUAAAUAGGUCAAGAAAAAACAGCUUUCAGUAAGUUAUAAAAUAAGUUUUUUGAGGGCGCGAUCUUUGGUUUCACCGCUGAGCGUUCCUGACGGGCCCAAAUAUAAGGGCUUGCAAUCUCCUUUAAAGAGUUGCUCGACACUGUGGGUAAAAUUUAUUGCCAAGGGAAACGGACAACUAAAAAGCAGGCGGUGUGCUUAGAGCUAGGUCCUCUUUGCUCAAUUUCAGAGUUUCCCCUCCCCACCCAGCCUCCCCCUCCCGCCCAAGUCAUUAGGGGCGCUUUUACGGGCGUUGUUCAGUCGUACUUGACAUUUUCUAUCAAGCUGCUCACUUUUUCUGGCUUGACAUGUGCCAUAACCUAUAUUUUGGCAAAACGUUCCUCAGAAAUGCAAAACUUGUUCGAGUUUGCCAGAACUACAGAAAAUUUAAACACAAGAGGUGCUAUAAGGUUAUGCAGGUUUUUUAGCCCCGCCAUGUCUAGUCUGAAAUGUUAUGCGUGCCUUCGCCCCACCCCGAAACCUUCUGUGGCCCCUUAGGGGGUGGAGGGAAGGGACGGAUGACAUUUUAGACUACGACUUAGCGCUUUUUCCUAAGAAUACAAGUAAGAAAUUCAUAAUCGUAUUUUAAAACGAGCGUGAUGAAAACAAAAGACUACGGUGGAACCUCGAUUUAACGAAGGGCCAAGGGCUUAAAAAAAUUUCUGAGCCACUCAACGACGGUUUCCUUCUAAAUUCAUUGAAAACAUUUUUCAAUGGUGCACCCAGAGUACUUUUAGAUCUCUAGAAACGCAUUCUAAGCGGCUUGUAAAAUUUGUUCCUGUUCGGUCAUCCUAGGGGAACUUGCAUUGAGCAUUUUUGAAAUUACAAGGGCUUCAAUAUUAUUUUCCCAAAAAUUUUAGAUGCAAUUUAACGUAUCACGAAAGUGAGAAUUUUUCUGAUUCCUCUCUCAAUCACAUGUUUGAAUCCGACCAUUUUAGGCUUCCUCUUUUCUAUGAAAAAUUAGCCUAACCUGGGAUGUAAAAUUUGAAAAAUUAAACUUCAGAAAAUCGUAGGGAAUUUAUAAGAUAACCUUAAACGGAACGGUCGUCUAGAAAUUUUUAGGCGUCCUCAAGCUAUAGAAAAUUCUAGGCAAUAUCUACUUCUCCCAUGAUAUAUUUUACAGAAAAGAGUCGUUGAGUGCCCCUGAAAUUUGCUCGCUAUAACGAGGUUUCGUUAUAUCGAGGUUUUUUUUUCAUACCGUAAAUCCUCGAUUAAGCUCCCCCGGGGGGCCUAUUAUUUCAAGCUUAUUUGAGGGGGAGGGGCUUAAUAGAGACGGGGGGCUUAAUAUGUUUAAUUUAGAAACUAAGAUGGUAUCGCUUCUCCAUAAAGCCUACAAAGUGGAAAAGCUCAAGUACAGGAAGUUUUAGGUCAUGCAGUCGAAAAUCAUUACCAAAUCCGAACUUCCCGUUGGUAAAUAAACCAUCCCGGAUCAGUCCACACGAAGCCUUUACGGUCGUGAUUGAUUAAUACAGUCUUUCAUUUAUUAGUGAAGAAUAAUUACGGGUGGGAAGCGGGUGCUUGAUAGAAGGGGGGGGGAGCUAAUCAGAGGGAGGGGGGUUAUUUGACAGGGGGCUUUAAUAUAGGUUUUACGGCAUAUUUUACUAUUAUCGAGGUAAAGAAAAUCAUUCUUAGGUUCUUUAUAUCGCGGUUCCACUGUAUAAGGGCCCACCCCUAUAUAGUCUUUUGACGAAAAAAUAUUUUUUUAGUGUUACGUUUGCAGGGUCGCUCUGGCAGAUAAGUCAACGAAACUAAGGAUUUUGAUUUUUUACAUGUUUCGCUUUUAUAGCUACAGAAGGUGCCUCGUGAGUUUCUUUUUCGGAAUGGUAUCUGUCUGCGCGGUAUAACCUGGGUCUCAAAGUUCUUUGUCACGCAAUCUCGUUUCGCUAAAGGCAGUAAAGGAUUCGGUUCUGUUGUCAAAUAAUGUGAGGUAGGUCAAAAUGUUUUCCUUUUUUUAUAGCUAUAACGAUUUGGUUCAUGAGAAAUGAGAGCAUUUGAAAGAAUAGCUACCGACACUAUUAGCCAUUUCGUACAUAUGUGUACGGCAAAAGUAAACAAAUACGCACGUAAGGGAAGUGUUUGUAGUCUAGAAGUUCAUAGCACACUUUCGCUCAAUAAAAUUGCUUUUCCUUUUGAAAAUUUACCACUGUGAAAUCUAAAAUCGUUUUUGGUGUUUAAACUGGCGGAAAAGGGGCUAAUUUGCGUCAGAGUUUCAAGUGCUGUCUAGGUUCUCGCUUGUAUUCAUCACGACAACUGCAAGUUCAGAGGUCGUAAAUCACGCGAGUACCGUAAAUGUUUUCCGUUGUAAAAACUCGCAGUUUCAAUUGCCCCAGAAUUUUAUUUCACAGAUUGAUAGGGGAAACAUUGCUCUUUCUCUGGAAUACCAUUUUUUUAAUGAAAGCCAUGUACCAGGAAGGGAUUUUCGCCGUUGAAAAAUGGCAAAAUUGAUGGUCGCGAUAAUGCUGAUUUAGAAGGUAAUUUUGAAAAAAUAUGAAAAAAUCAGAUUGAAAUCUUUUGAAAUUGUAACAACGUUUAGGUAGAAAGGAAGGAUCAUAAAAUUGUUUAAUGUAAGAAAAGUUAUGGUAUUAGUUUCCGUUUCCAUUCACGAAGCGAGGGUAUCAAGCACAUUUUUCGGUGGUUUGAAGGCCUCUCGAAGGUGAAAAUUAAAAAAAAAUAUUAUUUUGGAAAAUAUUAAGUCAAACGAACUGAGUUUUGUAUUUUCUAAAAUAGUUUCCAAAGGGCUUUGUUGUGACAAAGUUUGGGGGAUUUCGAUUUUUCCAUCUUGCACACCUAUCCGUGGUAUUUACAGAAAGUCGCUCUUAAGGCUGAAAUCAGGACAGUUGAUAGCCAAUCAGAUUUAAGAAUUUUGUUAUAGUUAUGAUUAAUUUAUUAAUUGGAGCUUCGCUUUUAGCCCUGGCUAAAUCUAUAUAUUAAUGUAUGCUUUUUUUUUUCCGUGAACUUUCCUUUGAGUGUGAUACUUGUUUCGUAGCUCACACUGUUAUUUAUUCACCCACAAUGUCAUGAUGUAAAGUUCAACAUAAAAACAACAUUAUUCUAGCCUUAGCAUCACUGUGUAUUCUAAGAACACAUGGCAAAAUUAAGUAAAAUAUAACCACUAAACCAACAAACUGAUAUAAAAUAGAUUGUUCAGUGCCUCUUUUCUGUUUUUAGGAUUCUGCCUAAGGAAGAAAACUUUUUUGCCAACUUUCAGGUAUAUCGCCGCUAAAUAAAUAAAAUGAAUAAAUGUGUUAGUAAAAUUAAAAAGAUAGAGAUUAUAUACAUACCUUGAUGAAAAAUAAUAAUGAAUAAAAUAAAAGGGAAUGCCCGAGUGCUGGCAUGUUCAGAUUCUACUAAAGAUUCACGACGCAUUGUCGGAAUUGCUGUAAGUGGACAAGCAAAAGCUUCUACCUAAGUUUCAGGCCGGUUCAGAUUGAUGCACAGUCUACUCCGAUCCAGUUCCGUCGUUUCUUCGCGCAUUUUCAACAAAAUCGUCCGUUUUUAACGAAAUCGUCACGUAUCAAGAGAAUUGCGAUUGCUUGAUAACGUUUUAGCUAACUAGAUGAUAAUGAUAAUAAUAAUAAUAAUAAUAAUAAUAAUAAUAAUAAUAAUAAUAAUAACAUGAUAUUAAUUUGAGGAGGACUCGGAAAAAAAAUCCGAUCUAGUCGGAUGCUCUAACCACUUGAGCUACUGGAGACUCUAUGGUGAGCAAGGGCCAAUUUGUGGGUCUCGACUGGAACCGCAUCACGCGGCUACACAGCCAAGUAAUGAUAGGCACACAAGAAGUGAAGAACUCAGUAACAGCAUCGCGCUGUCUCCAGUAGCUCAAGUGGUUAGAGCAUCCGACUAGAUCACGGAGGGUCGUGGGUUCAAAUCCCGUCUGGAACUCGGAUUUUUUUUCCGAGUCCUCCUCAAAUUAAUAUCAUGUUGUUGUUGUUUCAUCUUUAAUAAUAAUAACAAUAAUAGUAAUAAUAAUAAUAAUAGUAAUAAUAAUAAUGAUAAAACAUCAGCUAUUUUUUACGCAAAACAAGAACUCUGAACGUGCAGCAUCCUUUAUGGGCAGAUGUACGUCUUUGCCACAAUCGCACCGUCUGACUUUGUCAAACUAUGAACGCGGUCGUCGCUUUAAGCCUUAAGAUUGUCAGAAUCUGGCGUUCUUUCUGAUUGUUCCUGACACAACUCAUCUGAAUAAGUUCUGCUCUGAUUAACUGAAGAACAAGUUUGACGUUCUUCCCACGGGAUUCAGAUCUGACGAAAUAAUAAUGAUAAUGAAAAAAGAAGAAAAAAUUGAUUGCGGGUUACUGGGAUCAUGACCAAAUGUAUGCGUCGAGGAGGUUAUCUUUGACUAAGUCUUUUCAACUGUGCCUGAUUUUUUCUGCAUUAGGGAAAAAAAGUCUUGUCAAGAGAUGAUUUUGAUGCUAUCUUUGACCAUUAUGACACGGUACGAUUUUAUGUUUUUGUACUAAGAGUAUAUCUUGACUUGCGUACCCGAUUAAGUCAGUGUUGCGGCUCAAAUCGCAAGCAAACAGUAUGACAUAAUAAGCAAUUCCCUUAAAAGACUAAGUAGCGUCCAACAAGAACUUUACGUAUGUAUUCAAUGUAUGUCACUUGAGAGGAUACUGGUUACAAUGUGUGAGGACUGAAAUACUGCAUUGAAGACAAGUUAAUGUGGUGCCUAAAGCGUGGUCAUUAGUUAUCCUAGGCCGGUAAAAUCAACUUUGAUGAUAAUGUGACUGCCUGUAUGCAAAGUGUUGCUUUAGAUUUGACGACGAGAACGAGUACGAGUACGAGAUUUAACUUAACGUUUUUGCACGUGUUCUAAAAAAAAGACACCCCUGGAAGAUUCAUUGUCCUCUUUUUUCACCAAAGAAGUUAGCACGGUUAUUUAUACUGAAGGAAGUAAUAAGCCCUCACCCGAUAGCAAAAUGAUAAAACGUCUUACAUUUGAUAACUUGUUCCCGCCACUACGACAUUCUCGCUAAAACGCGUAGUAGAAUGACGACGGUUACCACAUUUUCCGGCCAAAACGACGCUGGUUCACGGGCGCGCACUACUUAGUACUGAGAAAAUCUCGUACUCGUAGUCUUCCUCGUGUCAGAAUCUAAGGCUCUCUAAUAACUAUAGGGGCUUAAAUGGAGAUGAUCAAUUGAUUGAUAAAGUUCCAAAUUAAACUGCCUUCAGUUCGUGUGAACAGCGAAAAGAGAUGUCAAGGAGAAACAGAGAGGAGGAUGGGGUAGGGAGUGAGAACUAAGGAACCCUCUUCUCUCCCUCCUCCUCUCUUCCACCUUAUUUUUCGCGCUCUCUGACCCCUGUGUCAUAGUACUCGGUCUAAAAAACGCAAGGUCACUUUCGUAUUUUUGGCAAACCGGGUUCAAUUAUUUUUCUUAAGCAGUUUGAAGUUCUACUAUCAUAUCCCUAAUACGUAUGAUUUAUUAAGUUAAAUCAUUUGUAUAUCUUUACAGGACAAAAGUGGUGAAAUUGAUAGUUCUGAGCUCUUAGUUCUAUUACGUGACGUCAUGAAAAAGAUGGGACUGGUAAGAUUUAUUCUUCGUUUCGAUUAGCUCAAAUCCUCUUUCUAAUUCGUAAAAAAGCGUUGGCUAAAUUUAAAGACGUUUGCUGCAUCCGAUAAAAUGACGUCAAUACAACAGAAUAAAAGCCAUAAAGAGAGAGGAGGCGAGAAGUGCUACGGACACGGUUGAGUUGUUUUCAGUUGGUAGAGCUGAAUAAAAUGGCAAAAUAAUGUUAACACGUUUUGCGAAGAAGAAAUAGCCCAAUUGCAUUCAACUCAAUGGAUAAAGAAGAAAUAUCUGCUUGACUAAACAUCCCUUUGUAUCCGUAAUUGACGGUCCGAAUAGGGGUACCUCGAUAACACUAAAAACUUAAUUUUUUGGCUCUGUAUCAUAAAACAGUUAUAUUUUAGGCAUUUUAACACUAACAGUAAAAAAUUAUCUAGGAAGAAACAAAAACGGCUCCAAAGUUGUAAAAUAUUUUUUUAAGACUUGGUCUUUUUGCUUACUUCAUCCAAUUCCAAAAACAAUUUUCCACAGGAACCAGACAGUUGCCAGGAACUGGAAAAAAUGAGAGAUAUACUUCUGGGAGUCAGUGAUCGAGACAAGAACGGAAAACUUUCCCGAUGCGAGCUAGCACUGAUGUUAUCGGACAUGAAUGAAUAAACAACAUAUAAUACAAUAUAAUAUAUAUAUAUUUGUUUCGUAUUGAAUCUUGUAUGGUUUUAGGCAAGAUAACGAAUAUUAUCUGGCCACCAUAGUCCAUGAAUGUGGAAUGGCUGUGUCAUAUGGUAAGGCGUUUUUCGUAGUGCCCAUAAAGAGGCUCGCAAGAGGUGAAAACGUUUUUUUGUUAGCCUGCCUGUAUUUAUAAUUACCAGUGCGCCGGUUCCCAGUUUUUAUCUUCUAAAUUACAUCAUAGGGAAAAAUAAGCCCUUUUUGAGUUUGCUGAUGCAAAUAUCAUAAAAAUUCAAAACUAUUAACUGCUUUCUCCGAAAGCCGGAGAGGGAGUAAAGGAAGU